AUGAGGAAGAUGUUUGCCGCCUCUUUCAGAGACAGAACAUCUGAAAGGCACCAGGACCUGACAGAGUUACAUCUUCUUAUAUUCCACAUAUCACUGGAGCUGCGCAAAGUCCCGUCAUGCUUCAAAAAUUCCACCUUCAUUCCAGUCCCUAAGAAAUCCUCCAUCGCUGAACUGAAUGACUACAGACCUGUGGCCUUGAUUUCAGUCGUCAUGAAGUCCUUUGAACGUUGGAUGAUUAUUGAUAAUUACAUCAUCUCCUACCUCACGCCGUCGUCAGGAGUUGUCCAUUCUGCAUUCCUGGAAGAACCACCCGGCAUAAAGAUGCAACCCCGCCAUGACAGAAUGACGCCAGCAUUCAGUUCUUCUGCAGUUGACAUAGAGGAGAUGGAGACACGCCAGCGAAGACGGAAGCCAUUCAGAAAGGCUUCACCUCGCCGUCAGGACGCGUCGCUCCCGAAAACUCCUCCCACGGACAGCGGUAUGCCACAAGCAGCCCAGUCUUCCUCGCCGCCGAUGGUGGACGACUUCUCACUCUUCUCAGCAUUGACUGCUCACAACAAGUUCCAGCAACAUCACCGUGAAGACUUGGAGGAGCUUGUUGACAUGACAGCAGCGCUUGGUGGAGGACUUAAUGAGAUCCACGGAGGGGAUGCUGAAUUCAAUGGAACAUUUGUAACUCUUGGUGGCUUUAUAGAAAUGGACAGGUAUAGAUAUCUGUACUUUGUCAUCUUGUUGACAUUAUAUAUUAUCAUCCUCUGCACUAACUGCACCAUUAUAUGUCUAAUCUGGAUCCACAGGAACCUUCAUGAGCCUAUGUACAUUUUCAUUGCUGCUUUGUCACUCAACUCUCUUUUGUUUAGCACUGCUUUCUACCCCAAACUUUUCAUUGAUGUUUUAUCUCAAAAACAGACUAUUUCUAAUUCUGCUUGUCUGUUUCAAUAUCUUCUUUAUUAUUCAAUAGGUAUUUCAGACUUCUUACUGUUGUCAGCCAUGUCUUAUGACAGGUAUGUGUCUAUCUGCAAACCUCUGCAGUAUCCAACUAUCAUGGGAAAACGAGCUGUUAUUGUGCUCUUGACUUUGGCCUGGUUUCUACCUGCAUGUGAGCUUGCAGUGGCAACUGUGGUUAGUUCUCAACAAAAACUCUGUGAUUUUACAACAAAAGGAAUUGUUUGUAACAACACAUUUUUUAAGCUUCACUGUGUAAAAUCAACAUUUCUUAACAUUUAUGGUUUGUUUAUCAUGAUAAAUGCUGUUGUUGUUCCUGUGAUGUUCAUCCUUUUUACGUACAUAAAGAUAUUCAUAAUAACUUAUCACAGUUGUGUAGAAGUGAGGAAAAAAGCUGCAGAGACAUGUUUACCUCACCUGAUGGUUUUAUUCAUCUUCCUUUGUUUAGUUUUAUUUGAUGUCAUCAUAGCUCGAAUGGAAUUAAAUCUUCCAAAAGGUGUGCAGUUUAUAAUGACUUUGCAAAUACUUGUGUACAGUCCUCUGUUCAAUCCAAUCAUAUAUGGAGUGAAAAUGAAGGAAAUAUGGAAACACAUCAAGAGAUUGUUUUGUCCGGUAAACAAAGGUAUAUGA